AUGAGUCAGCAGAACGCGCUCAACACAUAUAUGGCCCAGAACAAGCCAAUAAACGGGCGAAUUUACGAAAGUCCUGCUCUCAGCCAAGCACACAAUGAGCCUGCAAAUGCGACAUUUGGCGGAUGCUUCAAUUCGUACAACUCCUCGUGGGCUCCUUCAAAAAACAACGGACAGUCGUUCACUCCUUUAUUCCAAUCAACUCCAAAACAGUAUGGAGGUCCAUUCAAGCAUUCAUCAUGGCGCAAAGCUACUCCAUCGUACACUCCACGACGCCAAGCCAGCAAUCUUGGAUCUGUUCGCCUUCGUCUCAUCGACCUUGAGCUCAACGAUACGACUACUUUUUCUUUGAGCAACUCUCACAAUCGUUCUUUAAGAAGCACUCUCCCUGUUUGGGCGAUCGAUGAGAACGGGGGAGUUUCAGAGAGCGUCACUCUGAAAGACGUUCUCGCCAACAAGGCUCUUUUCGAGUUCGCUACUGACAAAAAUGGUUGUCGUUUCCUGCAAGAACAAUAUCCAGCAGACUCGGACGGAGGAAUUCACGACGAUAUUUUCCGUAGGAUGGUAGAAGAUCGCAGCUUAUUCCUCUCCAUGUGUCGUAACAUGUUCGGAAACUUCUUUGUCCAGCGAAUGGUCGAAUGCUCGAAUAAUGAAGAGCAAGAGAUUGUUAUGGAACAUCUUGUGACCGAUAUGUACACUCUCUGCUUGGAUAAGAGUGCAUGCCGUGUGAUUCAACUCGCUGUACAGAAGCUGGAGACUCAUUUAGCCUCGCGUCUCGCAGCGGAACUCCGUGAUGCAGAUCUCGUUCGUCUUAGCAUCGAUCAAAACGGAAAUCAUGUCAUUCAGAAGAUUAUCAAGACGCUUCCAGUUUCUGCCUGGGAUUUCGUUGUCAAAUUCUUCUGCAAUGACGAACAUCUCAUUGCUGUUUGCCAAGACAAGUACGGAUGCCGAGUUGUUCAAUCGACCAUUGAGAAAUUGUCUGAAGAUCCAGAAUUGGAAUGCUACGGUCAACGUCUUCAUCUGCUCCAGAAGUUAAUGGUCGGAAUAACUCGCAAUUGCGGUCAGCUAGCCUCUAAUGAAUUCGCCAACUACGUUGUUCAACAUGUUGUAAACUGUGGUGGUGCAAUGGAAACAUUCAGAGAUAUCAUCAUUGAGCAAUGCCUUCUACGCAAUCUUCUAUCGAUGUCCCAGGAGAAGUACGCAUCUCAUGUUGUCGAAGUUGCUUUCCUUCGUGCACCACAUCGCUUGGCAUUCGAAAUGAUGGAAGAAAUCUUCGAAGGUUACAUUCCACACCCAGAUACCAACCGCGAUGCACUCGACAUUUUGCUGUUCCACCAAUACGGAAACUAUGUCAUUCAGCAAAUGAUCAACAUCUGCUGCAAUGCCAUAAUUGGAAGAAGCGAGCAUCAUCUUGAGCAGAAAGAGAUCGAGCAGUAUACCAAAUGGCUGGAGCGUAUCAAGGAACGGGUAUCCCGCAACUCGAACCGUCUAGAACGUUUUUCUUCCGGAAAAAAGAUCAUCGAGGCUCUUCAAGCAUCCUCCAUUGGUACACUCAUGUCACCACCAGCAGGACAGUAUUACUAA